CUGAACAAUGGCGCCCCAAAAUGUUUAGCGACGAGGCGAUCACCCCCUAAUCUUUCAUUAUUCGCAUUUGCUCGGCUGAUAAUUAAUUUCCAACAUUGAGAACAACUCAUAUAUUUGUGAUAAUUUUGCUAUGGGUGUAGUCAACUUCUGAAUUCGCUACCCGCUCGAUACAUCCUCGCGCUUCAGGAUGUUGCCAUCUGACACGAUCUUCAUUAUAGUCGACGUGGCCCUACGUGGAAUCAUGAUCAAGCCGCUUCUUUUGAUCUGGCUCAUCAGCUUGUGUCUUGUCCGCAGGAGAAACGAUCCGGCAAGGGUGGCGUUCAGUUACCUCAAUGCCGCGUGUCCUUUUUUGAUGGUUUGCCUAACUCUCUUUGUCGCUGGUGACGCCGUUGCAAUUGCCCAAACCACCCUGGAACAAGACGAUGAAACCAAUAACCUUCUCAGCGAUCUCCAGUACCGAGUCUACUCCGUCGGCUACCUCUUCCAAGUUGUAGCCGAUAUCCUAACAGUCUGUUGCCUGGUCGAGCUAGGGAAUGGUUUACUCCUCUCUGUCAAGCAACAGCGAACGGCCUUCCAGACAGUUCUACGCUAUGUAGCCAUCGGAGUUGGGAGUCUCAUUUUUGUCCUCUCUUUAGCACAGUUCAGUAUCGAUAAUGUCCAAUACACCAAUUAUUUCAACUACCUAAACCACCGUUUGACUCACUAUGACUACGGCGGCGACACAACUGCCCCUACCUUCGACUAUGCGUCCUUUGAUCACAGUCUAACGAUCGCUCUUGACUUGUCCGUGACCUGUGAUGUGCUCUUACUUGUCACCACAGCGGCUACUCUAGGCUAUGCAGCAUACGUGCUGCACCAAUGUCGAUCCUGUCCUGGGCUUAGAAACUCCACCGUUCUCUUCCUCGUUGCGACAAUCCUCUCCCUCCUCCGCUACUCCUGGGCCAUCGCCAUCGAUACCGCGUGGGAGCUCCCGAACGUGACCAUGCCACUGGUCUACGCCGACAUUGUCGACCCGAUCAUCAACAUCUGGACCUUCUUCGUCAUCCUUGUACUUCUCUUUGUCAUUGGCCGGCGCAAGCAGGAUGGCGUGUGGUCGACGCCUCAGCAGUGGAUGAGUCCUGACAUAAUGUCGCAACCCGGUGGGCAGCCUCCCCAGCAGUGGAUGAAUCCGGACAUAGUUCCGCAGUACGUUGAGCAGCCACCGCAGCCUGUCAUAUGGCAGAGCCAGCAACCAAUAGCGCACCCAUCAGAGAUAUACACAGAACUAGCGCCGCCGUCGGAGUUGCCGGGAUGGCAGAAUCACCAGUUGGAGAUGCCUGCUUCAAUGUAUUCGCAUCCUGUAGAGUAUAUAAAGCGCUGAGGAAUGUUUAUAAGACGAAGUAAUGCAGUCAGUUGUGUAACGUCAUUUAAGUAUCUAGUACAAUACUAGCAUACUGGAAUAGAUACUGUUAAACUAGGGGUGCGUUUGUCGUG